AUGUCCGGAGCAACGCUGGAAAGCAACGCCGACUACGGCAAACUCCCAUUUGACAUCUUCUGCUCGCCGUAUCAACACCGCGCCCAGUUCUCUCUACCAGAGCUUAGCGAGGAGAUGAAACUCGUGCUCAGCGCCCACCAAACUGCACACGAGCGGAUGAUCAGUCUAGUCAGCAGUGAUGGCUUGCAGACUGUCUGGCUGCGUACAUGCUACGACCAAGCCCUCGUAACCAAAUACGAGGAGAUAAAAAGGAAAUCCAACGUACCCGGAGGGGGUGUCUCAGAGAACAAGAUCCUGGACGACCCCUCUCGCUACGACUUUGGCGACAACGGUGGAGACUCAUGGCGACAAGUCUUAGUCCGUGUCCCUGGUAUCACCGACUUCCGAGGCAUUAUCGACAUGGAUGGCGACGGAAGCAAUAUGCAGUACAUCACGCAGCUACGGUUCCAAGCGGGCCUGUACCUGCUGGAUCGAGAGGCCAUCGAGACGGGAUCGAUCAAGGUUCUCUGGCUGGACGAGCAUGGCCAGAUUGCCUGGGAAAACCGGUUGGAUCCGUUCACCUCCCGCCUAGAAGGGCUUACAGGGGCCCUGAUGAACGCCACCGACUUGAUCGAAUUAGCCGGCUACAACGGCACCCGCGGCGCUCGCAUUGAGAACUAG